ACUGGUCUUGCUACUCUUUCCACAAGUGAGACAUGGAAGCCUGGAAAAACACUGUGUGGAUAUAAAGUGCUCGAGACUCGACACAUUAAGGAGCUGGAACUCGACGCUAUUCGGCUAAGGCAUGAGAAAACAGGAGCAGAGCAUCUUCAUAUCUCCCGAGAUGAUUCCAAAACCACGGGUGUUCCCCAUAUUCUCGAACAUACGACACUCUGUGGCAGUCGAUCUUUUCCAGUGAGAGACCCGUUCUUCAAGAUGUUGAAUCGUAGCAUGGCUACGUUUAUGAAUGCUUUCACAGCAAGUGAUUACACUUUGUAUCCGUUUUCAACAACUAAUCCCAUUGACUAUAAGAACUUGAGGGACGUUUACAUGGACGCUGCAUUCUUUCCGCAUCUCAGGGAGCUGGAUUUCAAGCAAGAAGGAUGGAGGCUAGAACAUGAAGACCCCAAUGAACUUGUUCGAUUCCACAAAACUCACUAUCAUCCAAGUAACGCUAAAUUCUACAGUUAUGGCAAUUUUCGUUUGGAGGAUACGCUUGAGGCUAUCAAUUCAAAGCUACAUGAAUUUUCUCCAAUCACGCCUCCAGUCGUCGAUAAAGUCGUCAAGCCUUUCGAGAGCCCUCGGCGAAUCAAUCUAACCUGCCCUGUCGAUCCUAUGACGCCCCCUGAAAAGCAAGCCAAGAUGUCAGAUACUUUUGAAGGGUUUGGCCUCAGAAUCCUUUCAGAUUUACUUACAGAUGGCCAUGCCUCACCAAUGUACAAAGCUCUAAUCGAGUCUGAUUUGGGGUCAGAAUACUCUUCGAACACUGGAUACGAUGGGUCAACCAUGAUGAGCUCACUGUCAUUUGGCGUUCAAGGGAUGAAAGUAGAAAAUGUGCCCAAGGUAGAACAGACCAUCAUCGCAGUCCUUGAAAAAGUCAGAGAAGAAGGCGUCGACCCCAAGCGUGUCGAAGCCAUUGUUCACCAGAUGGAGCUUGGACAGAAACAUCAAGGACUUUCGUCUGGCUGGUUCAAUGGCUGUAAUCCAUUGGAUCUUUUAGAGCUUAAUAAGGUUAGCAAACAUAACAAAUAUAAUGCGUAUUUUUCAUCUGGUCCAUUCUUCCAAAACUUGAUAAACAAGUACUUGUUGAAUAACCCACACAAACUCGUAUUCACUAUGGUUCCCAGCACUGACUAUGGAGCAGAAGUCGCAGCUAACGAGAUGACGCGCCUUAUGGGCAAGACUAGUGUUCUAACCAAGGCAGACAAGGAGGCUAUCUAUGAGCAAGGCCAGGCAUUGCUCAAGAACCAAGAAAAGAUUGAGGAUGUUUCAUGUCUUCCGACUUUAAAAGUAGAUGAUAUUUCGAAGAAGACAAAGAUCUUUUCAUUGGAACAUAGCGCCGUAAACAGCGUCCCCUGUCAUCUCAGAAUUACCCCUGACCUAAAGAAAUAUCUACCGCUUUUCGCUGAUUCUCUAACAUCUCUCGGUACGCAUAAGCGUGCAAUGAGUGAGAUUGAUGACGAGAUCAGGCUACACACAGGUGGAGUCCGUGUUGCGCCUUUCCUUUCCACGAAUCAUUCUACAAUUGACAGGACUGAAGAGGGCCUGUCCUUCAGCUCUUAUUGCUUGGACAAGCAAGAAUCCGAAACAAACUUUGACAAUACCGACAAGCUCAGAACUUUGAUUAAAGGGUACGUGAGCGUGUAUCAAAGAGAAAUCUGUUCAAGCUUUGCACUGAAUUUAAUUCGAUCGACCUCAAUUGUUUUUGUAGAAUGCUUCGGCUCUCUCCAAUUCCGUUGCAGACUCUGGACAUGCUUUGCUAGAACCAAUGCUGGUUCGCGCUUGACACCUGCUGGCUAUGCUUCUGAGAUUUAUGGUGGUAUGACUCAGGUUCAAUUCAUGAAUUCGCUUGCGCAAAUGGAUGACCUCACUGAAGUAUCGCAACGUUUAAAGGAGAUUGCUAACGUGGCAAUCAAGCGUUCCAGCCUAAGACUUGCCGUUACCUGUGGAGAUGAUCAAAUGUCGAGCAAUGAGAAAGUUAUCGGACAAUUUAUUUCACGUCUUGAUGCUAGCCCUGUAAAAUCUUUUUCCCAGCUUGAAUUCUCGCCAUCGUAUGAAAAUUCCUUCUUUGGAUUACCAUAUGGUAUCAAUUCACUGCAAAAUGCCUGCGCGGAUGGGGCAAAGCUUCAGAUCCUUGCUUCACUCAUGUCGAACUUGUUCCUGCAUCGUGAGAUUCGUGAAAAGAAUGGUGCCUAUGGUGGUGGGGCCGGCUACUCUUCUACAGGCGACUCUGUUCGUUGGGUGCUGGAUCGUAAGGACUUUUCUGAUCAAGAGAUGGCAGAAGCAAAGCUAUCAAUCUUCCAACGCAUGGAUACCCCUGUCAGUGCAGCUGAAGAAGGAAUGAUUAUAUUUUCGGAGGGUAUCACAGAUGAAAUGCGUCAAAACCGUCGUGAACAGCUUCUCAAAGUUACAAGCGAUGAUGUCAAGGAGGUGGCUAACCGCUAUCUACUCAACCAGCCAUCGAGCCAUUGCAUCCUUGGUGACGAAGAAUAAUUUUUUCACUCGUUUUUCUUUCAGAUAGAAUGCAAUAAAGCAUCAAACCGCGGCACGGCACGGACAUUAAACUAGCGAAAAUACACGCGUGUAUCCGAUUUUAAAAUAAAAAGAUCAG